UACCAAGCGCUAUACCCAUUUUAGGCAUGAAUGUUGGUGAGCAAAGUGCGCGUAAUACUUGCCAAUAUGCAUAGUUCCUAACUAAACAUUUCUUACAAAGGAGUGAUAAAAUACUUCGAUGCACUUGCUCUGGCUCGGCAGUGUGCAGAGCAUACACAACUGCUAAUAAGCUAGGGCCAUAAAAGUAUGACGAGGCGCGCGCUCUUAAUUCCCUCCGGCGCUUCAUCUGCCUGCACCGUAAAUCGGCUAAAAACAUGCCGCUGAACCACUUUAUUAGCGUUUCGAAGGGCAAAGAGCGACCGAGUGAUGACGGCGCGGACGCAUGGCAAGUACUUCUCGAAAAGGGCCUCCGCCCUGGGAAUACCAUUGGUGGCACCUGAAGGUGGUUGGGGAUGGGCAGUUGCGCUUGCCUACGGAAUAUGCCAUGUUUUUCUGGUUUCGGUUGUGCACAAUUUCUCACUCAUUUUUUCAUCCAAGUUUGACGCAAUCGGUAUGACUGCAGCCGAUGUAACUGUCAUGAUGAAUAUCAACGCAGCCGUUUGCAAUGGUGUUGGAUUGCUCUCCGGCCCCGUUUUGAAGAGAUUUUCCUGCAGAGAAGUGGCGCUCUUUGGCUCUUUCCUGCUUUUCUCCGGCGCCCUUCUCUCAUCUUUGGCGGACACUUACUACUUUUUCAUAAUCUCAAUUGGCGUCGUGUUUGGCAGUGGUCUCGCCUUCCUCAGCCCUGCAAGCCUGUUCAGCAUCAACUCGUAUUUCAUAAAGCAACGCAGCCGAGGCAUGGGCCUGGCGAUGGCCAUCGGCGGCAUCGGCACCGUCUUCAUGCCGCUGGUGCUGAGCUCGUUGUUGCAAAAUUACUCUUCCGAGGGCACGAUGCUCAUCGUGGCCGCUCUCGUGUUGCACUGCGUUCCAGCGGCUUUGCUCCUUCAACCCGUUCGUUGGCACAUGGUGCCCGCUGAGGGAAGCCCUCCAAUUGAAGACCACAGUGCGGCCGCUGCGGCUGCGGUGGCGGCCGGCAGAAAAAGGACGGCGUCCACCAACUCCGUCGAUGUUGGCUACACGCUCGUCUCAUGCUCAGAACCACAACAUGAUAAGCUUUCUGAAAUAGACGAGGAUGAGGAUUUGAAACCAGCAAAUUACAAAAUAGAAACUGAAUCUCCCUCAGCUAACAACUUACUAAACCAAUCAAAGAUUACGACAAAAAAACAAAAGAGUUUUUGGAUCAAAAUCGUGGACUUUUUUGAUUUGCGACUCUUUAAAAUUAUACCCUUUGCCCUGGCCUCGUCCAGCAUGUCGUUUUUCGCCGUAAUUGAAACAAAUUUCAUGCUGCUGAUUCCGUACCUGAUGCUGGAAAUCCACGGCUACACAAUCCAGCAAAUCGCCGGCUACCAGUCUGUAGUGGCCGCCGUUGACAUCAUUUUCAGGUUUGUCGCGCCCUACAUAGGCCUGGGGUUGAACCUGCCGGAUAAUUUGCUCUACAUUCUUAGCAUCAUCUUUCUGUCGUUGUUCCGAGCACUCAUUAUGAUUUACCGCAGCUACAACCUGGUGUUAGUGUUGGGCGUGUGGUUCGGCAUGUGCAGGGGUAUUAGGAGCGUGUUCGCGCCUCUGCUUAUCCCAUCCUUCGUGCCCGUUGACAGGCUGCCAGCCGCACUCGGCCUGCUCAUGGCACAGACGGCGAUUGCUUUUAUAAUUUUCGGCCCUUUUGUCGGGAUGCUGACCAACAGCACAAAAACGUUGGCCGACAUAAUAACCGGCUUUAACUUAUUCACCGUCUGUUCGGCUUCGUUGUGGGUUUCGGGCAUGACUUUUCUGAGAAUGCGGGCGAACAAAAAGCAGGCGGCGGCCGAGGCCGCGUCAAAAGGAAACUCACAUAGUGCGGCUUGAAUAAUAUCAUGUGUUUAUUCAACCCAAUUAAAGUGAAUGAAAUUUAAAUCACAUGUUGUGUACUUUCAUGUAGACAGAAGUAAAAAGCGUGAAGAAUUCUUCAACAGGAAAAAUGAAAAGUUCAGAUGAGAUAAAUACAGUCAGGAACCAUUGAAGAUAUUUUACAAUUAUCCAUUAAACAUGUAUAUAAAGAUUAAGAAGAAUUGAAAUUUAAAGAAAAAUCCCAACCUCCACACAAGCCGUUUAUUAAGUAUUUUUUUUAACAAAUUUUUUGUUCCAUUUUUACACAGACAUUAUUUUUAAUUUAAAAUUUUUGUUAUUUCCACCAACCAGCUUCAGUUGUAUUCAUUACAUGACCACUUAUUAAAAUCUGAGAGAACAUCAAUACA